UAUUAGACGUGUAAUUUAAUAUAAUAAGAGUUUCAAAAGUGUAUUUUUUCCCAAUGUUUGAUUGUUCAUCAUGAUGUGAUUUUUCCCCCAAAAAACAAAUGGCAAUCAUUUACCCCGAUGACUUUUGAUUAAAAUUAAAUGUUCCUUUUCCAAAUUCUCUGUCAUGAGGCAAAUAACGAUGGUUGUUUUUGAAAAAGGCCCGCCUCGGAUAUAUGUAUCCAUUACAUCACCACACCGCCAAGAAACGUAAGCGAAAAAGUUAACCUCAAAAAAUAAUGGUAAUAAAAUGACAACUCUCUUGAUAAUCGCGUCGCAAAAAAACAUUUAUCCUUUCAAACUGAUCACAAAAACACCUAAAUCAACCAGCAUUGUGAAUAAAGUGUAAGAACCGACACAAGACUAUUAAUACAAUGACCAGUGUCAAUCUGACAAGAAGAUGUGUCCUGUUUGGAUGGAAGCAUUUUGCCAAAACAAGAACCAACAGCCUCAUAUACUCUUCCCAGAGACAACUGAUAACACCUGUGCCCCAGAUCUCUGUGUUGUCUUCAAGUUUUAUCAAAAGUAGAUUCUAUUCGACACAGAAAAAUGAACAGAGUGCUUUGAAACCAGACGAGGAUGAUUCUACGGAUAAAGACAAGGAUAAGGAAGCUGUUAAGAAGGAGGAGGAUGUUAAGAAAAUGGGUUUGUUUAAGAAGUUUAAACAAAUGUACAGGGAUUACUGGUAUGUGCUGAUACCGGUGCAUGUUGCUACUUCUACGUGCUGGGCUGGUCUAUUUUACUACGUCGCAAAGAGUGGUGUGGAUGUGAUAGCAAUCCUGGAAUCGAUCAAAGUCAGUCCUGCACUCAUCGACAACGUCAGAGAUUCCAACAUGGGUUACAUUGCAUUAACAUAUGCACUUUAUAAAAUUGCAACACCUGCAAGAUAUGCUGUAACGUUAGCGGGGACAACGAUAUCAAUAAAUUACCUAAAACGCUGGGGCUACCUCAGACCGGUUCCGUCAAGGGAAAAAUUAAAGGACAUGUACAAAGAGCGUAAAGAAGCCCUCCAAGAAAAAUACCAAGAACGCAAAGAGGGCAUCCAAGAAAUCUAUCAAACGAAACGAGAAGAGUUGAAGAGCAAAAAACGCAAUUUAUGGGAAGAUAUUGUUAAAAGAAAUCAACACGAUAAAUGACAUAAGGAGGAUGAGGAAAAGAAGAGCCAUAAAAUUAAAAAAUGAUUUUGAGAAAUUUGUAUUUCUUUAUAUUAGUGUGUAGUGCUUGUUUGGAAUUUUGUAGGUAGGUAUUAUUCUGUAUAAAUAAGAAAUUGUUUAGUUUUAUUUUGUUAUUAUAAUAUAG